GUCAUAAAUUAUCAUUCGGUCACAUUUGACAGUUUGCUUUCGUUUUCUUCACGAAAUUAACUUGUCUUCGUCUAGAAAAAAUCUUUUUGUUCAUUGUUAUUUGUUUGUUAGCCGUGUAGAUUGCUCAUUAAAGUGUUUCUCUGUGUAUCUACAAUUAGUUAAUGACUCCUAAUGUGUUGUAAAAUGUCGUGCACUAUAAAUAGCAUAGCUCGCAGUUAGUUGUAAUUUGGUCUGAUUGUGAUGGUUGAUCAGACAUAUUGACUAGUUACUGAGCAAAUAUGGGUCGACGAGAGGAGCCCGCCUGGAAGAGGGGGAUAGUGGGGCUGUCCAUGGCCCGCGAGCGCGGCGACAUCCAGAAACAGUUCCAGCAUCGAUUGACGGUGACACGGGACACCAUCGAGAGACUGGGCCAUGAAGCUACGCUUCACGGGCAUAUGGGCUGCGUGAACUGCCUCGAGUGGAAUAAGGACGGAUCUGUGCUGGCUUCGGCAUCUGACGAUCUCCACAUCAUUUUGUGGGACCCCUACCGCCACAAAAAGAUUCACAAAAUCACUACAGGACACACUGGCAACAUUUUUUCAGUGAAGUUCCUAACUCCAGACAUCCUAGCAACAUGCGCGGCGGACGGAAUGGUGCGCGCACGCAGCGUGUCCACUGGGACAUCUCUGCUGGAGUGCUCCUGCCACUGUGGCCGCGUCAAGCGCCUGGCCACCUCGCCAGAGAACCCUAGUAUCUCCUGGUCGGCCGGGGAGGACGGGCUCAUCCUAUCUCUGCUGGAGUGUUCCUGCCACUGCGGCCGCGUCAAGCGCCUGGCCACCUCGCCAGAGAACCCUAGUAUCUCUUGGUCGGCUGGGGAGGACGGGCUCAUCCUGCAACACGACAUGCGCCUGCCGCAUCGAUGCAACGCAGACUCCAGCAACGUGCUGGUCAACCUUUUGAACCACAUGGGCCGCUACGCCGAGGCCAAGUGCGUGGCGGUCAACCCCCGCCGCGCUUACCAGCUGGCUGUGGGGGCCAAUGACUUCUACGUGCGACUGUAUGAUACACGGAUGAUUAAGUUGGCCCGGCUGCAGGUUAGCGAGAACUGCCAGGGCGGCGGGUCGUCGUCGCGCAUGAUGUGGGAGCGUCAGAACGUGCGCUGCGCGCGCGCCGGCGCCGGCGACCCCGACAACAACGUGCCGCGCGCCGCCGUGCACUACUUCGCGCCCGGUCACCUAACGAUGGAAACUGGUGAGCAGCCGUUCCCCAAGAAAGCCACGACCUACGUGGCCUUCAGCCACGACGGCAACGAGCUGCUCGUCAACCUGGGCUCCGAACAAGUGUACCUCUAUGACAUCAACUCCGCCCGACGUCCUAUGCUGGUGGAGAGCUUCAUCAUCCAACACAACCACGGCGUGCGCGACCGACCGCGCAACGGGCACGCGCGCGCCGCCACGCCCCACGCCACGCCCCAAGCAGGCCCCGCGUCCGACCCGCCCAUGCCGGACCGAGUCAAACAUCUGAAAGAGCUGUAUGCCCCACGCCCCGCAAUGCCCCACGAUCAUGGUAUUCGCGACCGCCCGCGCAACGGGCACGCGCGCGCCGCCACGCCCCACGCCACGCCCCAAGCAGGCCCCGCGUCCGACCCGCCCAUGCCGGAUCGAGUGAAACAUCUGAAAGAGCUGGUAAGUUGCUUUAUGACACUCAAGGCUAAAGAUCAGGCCACGCCCCACGCCCCGAGUAUGCCCCACGCCACGCCCCAAGCAGGCCCCGCGUCCGACCCGCCCAUGCCGGACCGAGUCAAACAUCUCAAAGAGCUGUAUGCCCCACGCCCCGCAAUGCCCCACGAUCAUGGUAUUCGCGACCGCCCGCGCAACGGGCACGCGCGCGCCGCCACGCCCCACGCCACGCCCCAAGCAGGCCCCGCGUCCGACCCGCCCAUGCCGGAUCGAGUCAAACAUCUGAAAGAGCUGUACGCCCCACGCACCUCAAUGCCCCACAACCACGGCGUACGCGACCGUCCGCGCAACGGCCACGCGCGCGCCGCCACGCCCCACGCAACGCCCCAAGCAGGCCCCGCGUCCGACCCGCCCAUGCCGGACCGAGUCAAACAUCUCAAAGAGCUGUAUGCCCCACGCCCCGCAAUGCCCCACAACUACGGCGUGCGCGACCGCCCGCGCAACGGCCACGCGCGCGCCGCCACGCCCCACGCCACGCCCCAAGCAGGCCCCGCGUCCGACCCGCCCAUGCCGGAUCGAGUCAAACAUCUGAAAGAGCUGGCGAACGAUCACGUGAAGAAUGCUGACUACGAGGCGGCCAUUCAGCUGUACAACCGCGCCAUAGCCGAUUGCCCGCGCUGCGCCGUGCUGUAUUCGAACCGCGCCGCCGCGCUCAUGCGCCGAGGAUGGUCGGGUGAUAUCUACGCAGCCAUCCAGGAUUGCUACCGCGCCAUCAAGCUGGACCCCGGGCACGUGAAGUCUCACUUCCGACUCGCCAAGGGCCUCAUGGACAUGAAACGAGCGAGAGAGGCGCACGAAUGCUUGCUCUAUUUCAAGGACAAAUUCCCCCGGCAUUCUGGGAGCCACGCGGUGUUCCUUCUACAGAAGGAUAUCAAUGUAGCCCUCGAAGGGAUGGAACAGCCUCACCCGGAUGAAGUUCCAGAAGCGAACACAAAGAACUCCGGCGAAACCGACGAGAGCCAUAAUACCAGCGUAUUGGAGCGCCAGCUGCGAGCGUCUGCUUUGGACUACAGCCAGCGGUUCUUGGGCCAUUGCAACACCACCACCGACAUCAAGGAGGCCAGCUUCCUCGGGCCCAACGCAGAAUAUAUUGCCGCCGGCUCCGACGACGGCUGCCUGUUCAUCUGGUGCCGGCGCUCCGGCAACAUCGUGCGGGUCCUACGCGGCGACGAGUCCAUCGUCAACUGCGUCCAGCUGCACCCCGCCUGCUUCCUGCUCGCCACCAGCGGCAUCGAGGCCGCGGUCCGCCUGUGGAGCCCGCAGCCAGAGGACGGGAACGAAGAGAGUCGUGUAGUGGAAGACACGCUGGGCGCGGCCUACGCCAACCAGCGCCGCAUGCGGUCAGAUCCCUUCGAGGCCAUGCUGCUCAAUAUCUCCUUUGCUGGGAACCCCGACCGAGAGCUGCAGGCUCAAGCCUGCAGACCCUCAUAGGCAAUGAUCAGCACACGGCAUUUUGUGUCCGGCAGGGUGCUCUCGCGAGGCCCACAACUCAUCAGUCAUUUGUACAUAGUCUUACAUGGAAGUGAAUGCUAGUUCUGACGCACACUCCUUAAAUAUUUGACAGUCACAUUAUAGCUGUCAUUCUGACAGAUGACAAGGAAUACAAAGUUAGUGAGUGUGUGCCUCAGAACAAGCAUUCGAUUGUUUAUUCUCCUUAAAAUUAUAUUAUUUCCAACGGGGAGUAAGUUUUUGUUUCAACACGAGUGCAGUUCGUAUGAUGGUGCCAAGGUUUAUUACUUUAAAUUUUAAUAAACGAUUAUUUAUCUGAUUAAAUAUGCAGUAGUGCGAUAUGAUAAAGUGUUAGGAUGUUUAUAUUUAAGUAUUUUUUUACGGACUGAAUAUGAUGGAGAGCUAAGACGUUUCUCCCGUCUAGCAAAUGAAAAGGCGUAUUAAAAAGUAACGGUUUUUAUUCAAUGAUGUCAGUAGCCAAAGCCACUUAGAUCAUAGUAUUUGUCGUCUAGAUUAUAUCGUCAAUAAAAAAGAUAUAAAAUAUAUAAACUCUGAAGCUUUUAGAGAAAAAUAUAACUAUAUUUAUAUCCAUGAAUGUUUUUAGAUUUAAGAAUACGCAUAUCCAAUUAUUAUUAAAAUAGUAUCAAUGUUAACGAUGCAUAAUAAAAAUACAUAGUUAAAAUAGUCAAUAUUAAUUACCGAUUGUAUACUAGCCCAGCGCACUGCCUCAUUGCCUUGCCCGAUCCUAUUGACAUCAUUGAAUUCAGUGCGAUUUUAUUAAACCUUGUAAGGUAUAACUUCGAUACAUGAUCACGGGAUAGUGUACGAAUGAGGGUUACCGUUUUAUGGUUUAUGGUUUAAGACAUUUAUUUCUUUAAAAGAAUUACAUUCACUUACAAGAGAAAUACAAAAUUAACCUUAAAAUUAUACAUUAUUUAAAGUUUUUAGCACUACCAGUUGGCGCCAAAGAAUAAGCAUCUGUAACUUGCUAGUGGCUAAGACAGUGGCGCCAACUGAUGAGCGCUGAAGCGGUAGGACUAUCGCACUUACCAAGAUGGCGCUACUGUAGAGUAAACUUGUCACUCGCCAGUGGUGCCAACUGUUAAGUAGAAAAACGAUAGCCCUCAUUCGAAUUAAGCUAUGCUUCACAAGGUCUAAAGUCCGGUCGCCGAGCACAUAGAAUUUCGUCCAAUGACCCCAAGCUACCCAGCCUUAUUAUAUUACUGUCGCGCUCGCACACUAACUGCGGCCGCCCGUGGCAUAGUCGCGACAGCAAUAUAAUUACGCGCAAGCGAUAAGGUCAUUAAACGAAAUUCUAUCUGCUCGGCGACCGGGCUUUAGUCCUAAUAUCGAGGCUUAUAAUAAACAUUUAACAUGUCAUUUAAUAAAGGAAUAAUGGAUGUUAAUGUUCAGGUGCAAACGGUUUAAUUUCCGGUUCACUAGUUGAAAAGGAACAAUCGUAGAUCCUAAAAAAGUAAUCUAUGCUCUGUGGUAGCUUCGUGCGUCAUAAGUGGCGAUGUGAAAAUAUUUUCCGGACGACAGCGCAUCAAUAUAAACACUGUUGCACCUUCUGUAGACGUAAUUAGGUGCAUUAUUGCAACAAAAAUGUAUAGCCAGAUGUGCUGUUGUUUCUAUAAUAAAACUUUGUGUUUUGGAAUAAGUAAAUGAAGACAAGAUUGUUCCUACGUCAUUUAAUUAUGUGUUUAAAUAUAUGGAAUUAAUCUGUUGAUCAUUUAACCUCUCUGGGAGAGUGUUGUCUUCGAAAUGUAACAGUAACGCUGUCAUUUGAAACAUAGGCCGAGGCCUUAAUAUGAUUUAUAUGACACUCCGCUGGAUCGGAUGUUACGUAUCACGGAAAUGUAUAAAUAUGCGAAAUAAUGUUAUAACGGUUAUCACGGUUUUUCAUACGAACAUUAUGGUAAGUGUCGCUGUUAAAUUGACUUAUAAUUUUGGAAUGUUACUCAAAACUUAGAUGACGCUACUAGCACAAACAGUCUACAAACUGUAUCGUGAUUCGUGACGUAAUAUUUGUAACUAAUUAACUGUCAAAUCAAAUUACAUUGUUAUUGACUCAACACUGAUUAAUUUAAAUGUUAACUGUAUUAAACUUAUUUUGCUGUUUUAAUCAUGUGUUGAACAUCAAUAGUAGAAAACUCUGUGCUAGUGCUACACUCUGGUGGCAGAUAUUUGCAAUAAUACGAUCGAUUGACUCAAUCCCUCACACGGCGAGAUGUAAAAUAUUUUUAUAAUUAUUGUAGCUUAUGAAUUGAUUUUAGAAGUUAUAAUAAAAAUAUGGUAAGAUAAUCCGGCUUAUUGCUAACCUACGGUUAAAGUUAUGGGAUCUCAAAUUUGACCUUUACUUCGUCACGUUGAUAUCUUGAGGUACAAACAGACCUCUCAUUAAGUUCAACUAUGUGAAUUUUAAGUAAUUUGAAAUAGGUGCUAUUUGAAGAAUGUACAGUCACUGUACACAAAAAUAGUGUACUCGACAGUUGUGCAAAACGAAACCAUUUCUGCUGUGUGAGAACUACCUUUAAUGGAAAUAGUAAAUGCAGUUUAUACUGGCCUUAUUGUGUGUGAUCAUUUUUGUGUUCCAUCUGUGUUUAGUCACACGAUGGUCUUUAUAAUGUUAUUUUAAUUCAGUAAAUUGAAAAAUAUCCUAAUUUAUCUAUCUUGUCUAUGGUAAUAUUAUUAUGCAUUAUCAAAUUGACAACUGACGGCGCGAAGUCGAUAGUCAGUCAUCGUUAAAAGCAUAAAAAUGUUGCUUCAAAAAGUUCAAUCAACUUUCUAAAACGAUGAUUAGUUGAUCAUUGAAACACGUUGGGGCUAUGUGUGUGUUGUGACAGCUGUAGCUUUGUGGCUGUCAAAUUUCUUCGAAUUCCACUUCUACCACUUGCACACCAAACGAAUACAGACCUUAUUUGUGUGACACGCUGUUUCAUGUUUGUUUUAUUGAGAAUCACACUUUAAACAGACACAAUAAGACUGCGUAUCGCUGCGCUGUUCAUGAUUUAUUAUUAAAUAAUUUGACAUUCGAACCAUAGACAACUACUGUAUCAAUAUGACAGUUCGAAUGUCGAGUUGUUAAACCAAUUAAUCCGAUAGUAGAUCCGUAGUUAGUCUCAAAUAUAUUAACAGUUAAAUAAAGUUAUAUUUUAAAACUGAAUACACUUGUUUGUCUCUUCUUGUGGUGAUUAUGGAAACACCAAGUUUUGUAUGAAUCUAUCUUUUGUUACACGGUUCCUUAUAAACAUAUUCGGUGGUGUAUUUGAUUGUAUGAUUUUUAUAUAAGAAUGGAUUUUAUGUAAGGACUGGCUGUAAAAUACGUACGAGGGAUAGA